GGCACGGUUUAGUAUCGUCGCGACAAUUAUCGUAAUUAACUCGUUUAUGUGUUGUGUGCUAAUCCAAUUACCAAGUUCGCGCAGGAUGCCCCCAAUCUUGGCGAGCGCAAAUAAAGGAAAUUAAUUCAAUCAUCGCUGACAACUAAAGAAUUCAAUUUGACUCUCAAAUACAAUCAAGCGAAUACCCACCUAAAUAUCAAUCUGUAAUUUGGCGCAAGUGUUUCUACAAAUUGAUUUGAAAGUGAACAACCGAAAAUCGAUUCGUUUGGCCAUGUUGAACUAUCAGCCACAAUUACACUCGCUGCCCGUCGGCACAAACAGCAAUUUCUACUACGGCCCGACGGGAUCACAUCCACUGACAGCCUCCGGUGAGUCCUAUCCAUCGCAUGCGGCGCACAACCUCGAGGUCGAGGACAAGCUGCAUGAUCGUGAAGGGAGUGUCAGGGAUCUGGAAAAAAUGCAUCGAUUCUCGGUGGAUAAUCUCAUCGAACUGAAGCACGAUGCCUAUGCCAAGGGCAAGCUCGCGAUGGAAAUCAGCAACAAUUACGGCGGCGGUGGCGGCCCCAGUGGUUGCACCAGUCAACUCUCGACGGGACACUCGAGGAAACCGCGACGGAAUCGCACCACCUUCAGCUCCGCCCAGCUAACGGCCCUGGAGAAGGUGUUCGAGAGAACCCACUAUCCGGAUGCGUUUGUGCGCGAGGAGCUGGCCACCAAGGUGCAUCUGAGCGAGGCACGAGUGCAGGUUUGGUUUCAGAAUCGCCGCGCCAAAUUCCGGCGUAACGAACGCAGCGUGGGCGCUCGUCCGCUGCUGGACAAUGCGCCACAAUUGGUGCCAGCGCCGCUCAGCAAUAACAUGCACAAAUAUGCGAAUUUGAGCCACCCACCGCCGCCGCCACCACCCGGGGCGUAUGCCCUUAACUUUGCGCCGCUGGAGCUGCGCUCGUGCCAGAACUAUACGAAUUGCUAUGCGGGAUUUGGGACUAAUCCUUCGAACGGCAACGGCAUGUGCUCCUUCUUUGGGGCCACCAACUAUUGUGUGGCAGCGAACUAUGCCAAGAAUGCUUAUCCGCCGCUUUGAUGACGAUGACGACAACGACAACGACGACGAAGACGAUGGCCCACCAUGGCAAUCAUUUAAUGGGCCCCAUGAGGUUACUUUCAAUUAGCUAAAUUGCAUUAAUGUUUAAGCGUGUGUUAAAAAAUAACAUACGUAUUUACCUACCUGACUAAUAUUUAUAUUUAUACGAUACUAAACGAAAUGUGACAUACU